CUUGAAUUCUGACAUCUUCAUGCUCUGUCUUCUUCCCAAGCAAACUCUGUUCUGAAGAAUGGAUCUGGCAAGCUCUAUCACAGUGAGGUCUGGAAGACCAGGGGCAUAUGGAACAAUGUUGGAAGAAGACACAGAUCAAACUUAUGAGAAUGUCCUGGCUGAGAUUCAGUCUUUUGAGCUGCCCAUUGAAGCUACACUAAGGUCGGUGUAUGAUGAUCAACCAAAUUCACACAAGAAGUUUAUGGAAAAGUUAGAUGCUUGUAUCCGAAAUCAUGACAAAGAAAUUGAAAAAAUGUGUAAUUUUCAUCAUCAGGGUUUUGUAGAUGCUAUUACAGAACUCCUUAAAGUAAGGACUGAUGCAGAAAAACUGAAGGUACAAGUUACUGAUACCAACCGAAGAUUUCAAGAUGCUGGAAAAGAGGUGAUAGUCCAAACAGAAGAUAUUAUUCGAUGUAGAAUUCAGCAGAGGAAUAUUACAACUGUAGUAGAAAAAUUGCAGUUAUGCCUUCCAGUGCUGGAAAUGUAUAGUAAACUAAAAGAACAGAUGAGUGCAAAAAGGUAUUACUCUGCCCUAAAAACUAUGGAACAAUUAGAGAACGUGUACUUUCCCCGGGUUAGUCAAUACCGGUUUUGUCAGCUAAUGAUAGAAAAUCUUCCUAAACUCCGUGAGAAUAUUAAAGAAAUUUCCAUGUCUGAUCUCAAAGACUUUUUGGAAAGCAUUCGAAAACAUUCUGACAAAAUAGGUGAAACAGCAAUGAAACAGGCACAACAGCAAAAAGCCUUCAGUAUUGCUCUGCAGAAGCAAAAUAAUGUGAAAUUUGGGAAGAAUAUGUAUAUAAAUCAUGAUAGAAUUACAGAAGAAAAGCGUGAAAUUAUAUUGAGACAUAUACUUGAGGAAGAGGAUGAGAAUGAAGAGGAGGUCUUAACUGUUCAGGACCUUGUUGAUUUUUCCCCUGUUUACCGAUGUUUACACAUUUAUUCUGUUUUGGGUGAUGAAGAAACAUUUGAAAAUUACUACCGAAAACAAAGAAAGAAACAAGCAAGACUGGUAUUACAACCCCAAUCAAGUAUGCAUGAAACAGUUGAUGGCUAUAGAAGAUAUUUCACUCAAAUUGUAGGGUUCUUUGUUGUGGAAGAUCACAUUUUACAUGUGACUCAAGGAUUAGUAACCAGGGCAUACACUGAUGAACUUUGGAACAUGGCCCUCUCAAAGAUAAUUGCUGUCCUUAGAGCUCAUUCAUCUUAUUGCACUGAUCCUGAUCUUGUUCUGGAGCUGAAGAAUCUCAUUGUAAUUUUUGCAGAUACUUUGCAGGGUUAUGGUUUUCCAGUGAACCGACUUUUUGACCUUUUAUUUGAGAUAAGAGAUCAAUACAAUGAAACACUGCUUAAGAAAUGGGCUGGAGUUUUCAGGGAUAUUUUUGAAGAAGAUAAUUAUAGCCCCAUCCCUAUUGUCAGUGAAGAAGAAUAUAAAAUAGUCACCAGCAAGUUUCCCUUUCAAGAUCCAGACCUUGAGAAGCAAUCUUUCCCCAAAAAAUUCCCCAUGUCUCAGUCAGUGCCUCAUAUAUACAUUCAAGUUAAAGAGUUUAUUUAUGCCAGCCUUAAAUUUUCAGAGUCACUGCACCGGAGUUCAACAGAAAUAGAUGAUAUGCUUAGAAAAUCAACAAAUCUGCUGCUGACCAGAACUUUGAAUAGCUGUUUAUUGAACCUUAUUAGAAAGCCCCAUAUAGGUUUGACAGAGGAUGCUCGACAUGCUGCAGAAGGAGAAAUAUAUACCAAACUCAAUCAAAAAAUUGAUGAAUUUGUUCAGCUUGCUGAUUAUGACUGGACAAUGUCUGAACCAGAUGGAAGAGCUAGUGGUUAUUUAAUGGAUCUUAUUAAUUUUUUGAGAAGUAUCUUUCAAGUGUUUACUCAUCUGCCUGGGAAAGUCGCCCAGACAGCUUGCAUGUCAGCCUGCCAGCAUCUGUCAACAACCUUGAUGCAGAUGCUGCUGGAUAGUGAGUUAAAACAGAUAAGCAUGGGAGCUGUUCAGCAAUUUAACUUAGAUGUCAUACAGUGUGAAUUGUUUGCCAGCUCUGAGCCUGUGCCAGGAUUCCAGGGGGAUACCUUACAGCUAGCAUUUAUUGACCUCAGACAAACCUUUAAUCCAUAUUGGCAAUGCAUUGCUUCAUCUUUAAUGGGCAGAUUUCCACAGAUUCAUAUAUAGAUCAAUUAUGCACAAGUACUAAUGUAAAUGUGACAGCACGUAUAUUUGUCUACAUGUGAGAAGGUAGGUUAAGUUUUGUGAUUCUUGUAGUUUCUAGAGAUUUGCAUGUGAUAUUUGGCCAUAUAUUAAAAUUAUAAGUAUAGUGUUUAGGAAAGUUCUGUUUUUGUGUUGUAGAAGAAACAGUACUGUAUUCAGAGGUGCAAUUGAUGUAGGCUUUUAAUUCAUUAAGUAGACUCCUCCUUUCUCACCAGGGUGUAGAAAAACUUAGAAAGAAAAAGAACUUUAUAUAAGACUCUUUCCUCUUCUACAUCCCAAAGGUCACAUUGCUAAUAAUGCCUUUGGAAAGAAAGGGAGAUGACAACCAAUAUAUUAAGUGGUUACUUUCUGCUGACUGUUUGCAUGAUCACAUACACUUGUGCAAACACAUAAAUAAACCUGAGAGGAAUCCUUCAGAAUGAGGCUUUUACUGAUGACUGUGAAGGGUGUUCAUUAUUAGAAUGUAUUUUAAUAUGUGAAUAUAUAAAUUUUAAAUCUAUAGUAUUAGCAAAUGUUCAUUGUAGAGUAUUAUGAAAGUAAGUAGCAGUUACCCACAAUGUCACCAUAUAAAUAACUACCAUUGUUAAUAUUUUUCAAGUCUUUUUUUUUAAUGGGUUCUCACUAAAUUGAUGAGGCUGGCCUUGAACUCAGUAUCCUCCCUGCCUCAGUCUCCUGAGAAACUGAAAUUACAGGUGUACACUACCAAGCCCAGCUUUUCUUUUAGUUAUGUUUUAUAUGUUUUUUAAAUUAAGUAGCAACAUUUAUCAUAAACAUCUUCUCAAGUAAUUUAAAAUUCUAUGUAAAUUUUAAGCACAUACUAUUAUAUUCAUCAUGCAGGUACACCUCACUACUUAAUCACUCAUAACUCUAGGAUUAAAGGUGUUUUCAGUUUUUUGAUAACCAAAUAACAUUUUUGAGUUUACCAUCUUUGUGCAUAAAUUUUUGUUUACCUUUAUUAAUGUUACCUGAAGUUACAUUCCUUUAGAAGUGCAAUUACUGAGUCAGAGAAUGUCCAUUUUUAUAAGGUGCUUAAACACUUGGAGGAUCACAUUGCAGAGAAAUUAUAUCAAUUAUAUUUUCACCACCUGAGUGUAUGAAAGUAACUUUCUCUCCAUGUGAAAAAAGAGGAAAAGUAUUUACUGACAAACAACAGUAAAAAAUUUACAUAUAAGUUUCCUUUUCUUUUUCAAACAGUAUAUUAAACAUUGUUUCAGUAUGCUUUCUGUACCAGUGUUUCAACUUCUAGUAUGGCCUAGAAUGUUUUCUUGU